AUUUGUUAUUGUUUGACGUUUUCGGUACUUAUAGGUGCUGAUUGCUGAUUAGUUACUGAGUUUUAGAUUUGUGGCGCUUCUAUUGAAAUUGCGAGCUUGUGUACAAAUAUAGAUAUGUGGAUGAUUUGCAAAUUGCGAGUGCAAAUAGUUUAUUUGGCUAACAACGCAUUAAAUAGCACAUUUUCAUCGAUUUAAACGAAGAUAUGACCGUCUAUAAUUGUGAUGAAUCUUCGCAACAAAUCAAUAUUUUGCCUGACGAGUUACUAAUAUAUAUUUUUAAAUUUCUCCCACUUGAUACUAUUCUCUGUUGUGAAAAUGUGUGUAAAAGGUGGAAAAAAUUAGCACGCGACCAAGCAUUAUGGAGACGCAUUGUACUAAUUUACUCCGGUAAACCUGGUCAGAGUGAAGUAAGUGAAAAAAACCUUGAGAUCAUUUCAACUCAUAGUGAGUAUAUUUGCUGUUUAAAAAUACAAUAUGUUUAUAGUUACCCAUCUAUUAAAUCUGUUAUAGACCAAUGUAAAAAUUUAAUUAGUCUCGAAUUAGUAAUGUGUCGAAUCGGGGAAGAAUUUGUAAAUGACAUACUAAACUGGCCUAAAUUAAAAAAAUUAAGUUUAAAAAAUUCUAUUCUGCUUUUGGGUGAUAAAGACUUAAUCAUUCCAUUUGAUAAAUUUAAACAUUUAAAUUACCUAGCUUUGUCUGAUUUUGGUUUGUAUUCUUUUAAUUGUGAAACUUUAUUGCAAUGUAGCCACCUCAGUCAUAUUUUAAUUGAAAAAGUGAAAAACUUGGAACCCCAUUUUAUAAAAGAACUGAUCAGCUCUCAACAGAAAAUACUAGAGACUUUUCAUAUUUAUGGUGGAAAUUCUGUUGAAGACAAUUCUUUAAAACAGUUAUCAAAUUGCCCACAUCUAAAAGAUUUGGCUAUAAUUAGGUGUGAAAAUCUGACCGAUGCAGGACUGGUCACCUUAAUUUCUUUAAAAACUAUAGAGCAUGUACAGUUAUGGAAUAAUACUAACUUUUCUGAAUUAGCUUUGUUAAGGACUCUAGGAAGUUCUACAUUCAUAAAUUUACAAAGCUUGAGUCUAUCUCGAAUACAAAAUAUCACUCCUGUUAUAGUUGAUCUUAUAUCUGAAUAUUAUAAGAAUCUUAAGUUUUUAGCCUUAUAUCAGUGCCCUAGAAUAAUAAAUACUGAUUAUGAGAAACAACUUAAAUCAAAAUUUAGAAAUAUUGAUGUAGUUCUUUAUUAGAAAUGAAAUUGGAUGACACUUAAAGAAAACACAUAAUAAAAUCCACAAACUAAAUAUAUUCACAGUAUAAACAAUGGCAUUGUAAUAAAUGAGAAAAAGUCAAAAUAAUAACAAAUAUUUCACUAAAGUACAGUUUCUUACCAAGAUGUUGAUUUUGUUACAUUACAAUCAUUUACAUUUACUAUAUGUUGUACUAAAGAAACACAUCUAGGUAACUAUGAUUUGCUAGUCAUAAGCUUAUGAUAUAGUUUCAAUGUAUAAUAAUUAUGUUUCUGCUUUUCUAUUCCUAGAUAAAAGCAUUUUAACAUAAUAAUGCAAGAGAGUUUGUUUCAUCAAAUAAAGAAAAUCUUGUAGUAUUUUUAAGCUAACAACUAAGUGCUACCUGUUAAAGGUAAUAAUUGUCUGUGACAAGCAAGCUCUCUUGCAUUAAUACUUUUUGACAUGUCUUAAAACAUUGAUGUUAAGAAACAAAUAUUUGUUUGUAUAAAACUAUUUUUCAGUGAAUUUAAUAAACUAAUGAUAAUAAUUAAUUUAAGAUUAAUGUAAGUGUGAUGUGGUUUCAUUAAUUGAUAAUAUAUAUUAUUUUGUUUGUAGUAAACUUAUGUGUAAUACAUAGUUAUUUGUAUGUGUAUAAAGAAGUUUUAUAACAAUAUAUAAAAAUAUAUUUUUAAAUCA